AUGGAGGCGACUGCUGUCGAGCAGCAGCGAGAGGCCCGAAGGCAGAAGGUGCUGGCCCGAAGCCAGGGCGGGCACCGCGCCCCGGUGGUCGACCUCGCCACCGAGCAGAAGGAGAUCGCCCCGCGUGGCGUUACGGCCGACCUCGACGAUGACGUCGGCGCGGUCCUCGACGACCAUCCUCUCCCUGCCCCUGAAGACGAGGGGAAGUCGGCCUCUCGCCUGGCGGCGGAGCGGCGGCGACAGAGGAUCCUAUCCAGGAGCACCGAGCGCAUGGCCAAGGUGCAGGGGGACAGGGUCAUCCGGAGCGGGGACGCGGCGCAAGGAGAGGAGAGCUUGGAUGAUAUGUUGGAAGCGGCCGAGGUGGAAUUCUUCGGAGGGAAGGAAAAGGGGACAACAGGCGUCGCGGAAGUCAAGCCGGCGGCCGCUCGACAGCAGGCGUAUUUCAAGUCCGGCGGUGGUGGCGGUGGUCCUAGCCGAGACGAGGGUGGGGGGGGGGUAGGGGCGGCGGCGGCGCAGAGGAAACCAAGCAGCCGGCAGAGGCUGGGUGAUGCCGAGGGGGCGGGGUUGAAGCAUGCUGCGCGCUCGGACGGCGGUGCCUCGAGGCAAUCCCCGCCUUCCGGAGGGGGAGGUGGAAGAGCGUCAAGCCGCCGGCCGACCGGAAAUAAAGCUCUGGAGAAGCAGGGUUUCGACCUCGCUGCCAUACAGUCCCUGUCGAGAGCGGCGGGAACGGACAAUAGCGGGGUGGGGGGCGCCGCAACUCCCGGACGGAAACGCCUCCUUGGGGGAGUGCGAUUCUGGACCGGGUUGGAGGGGGUGACGAAGACGGCGCUGCUGCUGCUGCUGGGGGCGGGGGUGGGGGGGCUGCUACUGCCUGAAGCGCGCGCGGCAGUGGCCCAAGCCAAGUUUGAGGCGGAGCACAUGCAAGGGUUCGCGGACUCGAGGUCGAGACUGGAACUCUUUUUGGCGGGAGACGGCGGUAGUGAAGGCCGCAAUGCCUUGGACGAGGGUUUCGACGCCGGCAGCACCGCCGCCGACGAAUUCGGAGAUGUCGGAGACGCGUACUCCUCCUCCUCCGGCUCCUUCGAGUCGGCGGAGAACACCGAAGACAGCGAGGAGGACGCUAAAGUGGACGGUGUGGCGGAGGGGAGAGGGGACGAGGCCGUGUUGGCGGCGACGAUGGGUGAAGAGGAAGGGGGCGACGUUGGUCACGACGGAAUGCUGUCGGAGGCGACCGACUGGUUCUUGAAUUUCGUGGACAUGGUUGUGGGGUGGGCGCACUACCUGUCCGCCGUGAGCAUGCCGUGGGGAGGCGGGGUGGGCGAGAUCUCGUGCGUGUCGGCCAUCUACCUGGCGAUAUUCGUGAGGCUGGUCGUGGCGGUGGCGUUCUCUGGAGUCAGGGUCAUGCUCGGCCUUCCGGCGUUCCCUGCAGCUAACCCAACAAGCAAGCCCGGAAUGGUGAUGGGCAUGGUCCUGGCCACAGUUCCCACCUUGGGCAAGGUGCUAGCGUGGGGGAACGUAGUCAAGUCAAUCUUCUCCGACACCAAUCUGGUGGUGGCCGGCACCGUUUUGACGCUGGCCCUGAACCUAGCAUUCGAGGAGGGCGCGGGGCCCCGCAGGCUGGCGGGGAGCAUAUCGGGCGCGCUCGGUCUUUUCUCCCCCUCGUUCCAGGGGUCGGAAGAAGGAGACUACUCCGGUGGCGGCGGCGACUUGAAAGAGCUGUGA